GACUUUGCAGACACCAGGCCCGGGUCGGGUGGCGUCCUUGCAGGCACCGGGCCCGGCGGAGGGCGGCGACCUUGCAGGCCUCAGGCCCGGGAUUGGGCAGUGGUCUUGGGUCCGCGACCCGGGUCUGGCGGCGGCCUUGCAGGCACCCGGCCCUCCGCGGGGGGCGCCGGCGAGCUGCCUCCUCCCCGGGGCGCGCGCCUCACCCGGCCACGUGACGCUCUCGCCAGCGACCGGCGGACCCCGCGGAGCCAUGGGCGCGAGGCGGGCGGGCGCAUGGACGGCGCUGGGGCCGCUGCUCUGGGGCUGCGCGCUGGCGCUGCGGGGCGGGAUGCUGUACCCGCGCGAGGGCCCGUCGCGCGAGCGCAAGGACCUGGACGGGCUCUGGAGCUUCCGCGCCGACCUCUCGGACAGCCGGCGCCUGGGCUUUGAGCAGCAGUGGUACCGGCGGCCGCUGCGCGAGUCGGGGCCCACCCUGGACAUGCCAGUCCCCUCCAGCUUCAAUGACGUGGGUCAAGAUGCGCAGCUGAGGAACUUUGUUGGCUGGGUGUGGUAUGAACGGGAGGCAGUCCUGCCUCAGCGAUGGACCCAAGAUCUGGGCACAAGAGUGGUGCUGAGGAUUGGCAGUGCCCACUACUAUGCCAUUGUGUGGGUGAACGGGGUCCACGUGGCAGAGCACGAGGGGGGCCACCUCCCCUUUGAGGCUGACAUCAGCAAGCUGGUGCAGAGUGGGCCCCUGUCUUCUUGCCGCAUUACGGUCGCCAUCAACAACACCCUCACCCCCCACACCCUGCCGCCAGGGACCAUCCUCUACAAGACCGAUACCUCCAAGUAUCCCAAGGGCUACUUUGUCCAGGACAUAAACUUCGACUUCUUCAACUAUGCGGGACUGCAUCGGUCUGUGAUUCUCUACACGACGCCCACCACCUACAUCGAUGACAUCACAGUCACCACUGGCGUGGACCAAGACAUUGGGCUGGUGAAUUACCAGAUUCUCACCCAGGGCAGUGAACACGUGCGGCUGGAAGUGCGUCUUCUGGAUGCGGAGGGCAGAGAGGUGGCCCGCGGCACAGGGGGCCAGGGCCAGCUGCAGGUGCCUGCGGCCCACCUCUGGUGGCCAUACCUGAUGCAUGAGCACCCUGCCUACCUGUACUCACUGGAGGUGAGCAUGACCGCGCAGAUGGACGCGGGGCCGGUGUCCGACUUCUACGCCCUCCCGGUCGGGAUUCGCACCGUGGCCGUCACCGAGAGCCAGUUCCUCAUUAAUGGGAAACCUUUCUAUUUCCACGGGGUCAACAAACACGAGGACGCUGAUGUCCGAGGCAAGGGCUUCGACUGGCCGCUGCUGGUGAAGGACUUCAACCUGCUGCGCUGGCUGGGCGCCAACGCCUUCCGCACCAGCCACUACCCCUACGCCGAGGAGGUGAUGCAGCUCUGCGACCGCCAGGGCGUCGUGGUCAUCGACGAGUGUCCGGGCGUGGGCAUCGUGCUGCCCCAGAGCUUCGGCAACGCGUCCCUGCAGCACCACCUGCGCGUGAUGGAGGAGCUGGUGCGCAGGGACAAGAACCACCCGGCCGUCGUGAUGUGGUCUGUGGCCAACGAGCCCAGCUCCUUCCUGAAGCCCGCGGGCUACUACCUGAAGACAGUGAUCGCCCACACCAAAGCCUUGGACCCCACCCGGCCUGUGACCUAUGUGACCAACUCCAACUACGCAGCAGACCUGGGGGCUCCCUACGUGGAUGUAAUCUGUGUGAACAGCUACUACUCUUGGUAUCACGACUACGGGCACCUGGAGGUGGUCCAGCUGCAGCUGCGCACCCAGUUCGAGAGCUGGUAUAGGACCUACCAGAAGCCAAUCAUUCAGAGCGAGUACGGGGCCGAGACCAUCGCAGGGUUUCACGAGGAUCCGCCUCUUAUGUUCAGUGAGGAGUACCAGAAAAGUCUGCUAGAGCAGUAUCAUUUGGUUCUGGACCAAAAACGCAAAGAAUAUGUGGUUGGAGAGCUCAUCUGGAACUUUGCCGAUUUCAUGACUAACCAGUCACCGCAGAGAGCACUGGGGAACAAAAAGGGGAUCUUCACUCGGCAGCGGCAGCCCAAGAGCGCAGCCUUCCUUUUGCGAGACAGAUACUGGAAACUCGCCAAUGAAACCAGGUACCACCGUUCGGUGGCGAAGUCACAGUGUCUGGGAAACAGCCCGUUCACUCUUUAAAGCCAGAGCUACCUCUCCACGACCCCUCAGCUGGCCCCCGCGCAAGGAAGGGGCGACUUCCACACCUGCAGAACAAGUGCCUCUUGCCGUGCUGAUGGCACUAGCCUCUGGUCUGGACUGUGGAAAUCCGCUAGAAGGGGAUGGUAUCAGAAGCAAAAAUAAAGCUUUUCUAGAAUGGGACAGAGGGUCUGCAUCAGUGGCUGCCUUACACUGAGUGAGUGGCCCUGCUAAGGAGCAAGUGGAACCCCGUUGGUGUGUCACUCUUCUGCAGCCUUUGCUGUGCAGGGACCACGUCACAGAUGUGGUCACUAGGGCCACCUGUGCUCUUAGACCCAACCAGGCCAGCCUUGACCCAGGGGAGUAAAGCCCCCAGAUGAGCUGAGCCCCACAGGCACUGAUGGCUGCACAGAGGUGCUGCACCCUGCGGGGCUGACAAGUCCGCCUGCCACCUUCCCCAGUCUCCUGGCAAGUGAGCGUAGAAAGGCUCAAGCGUGGACGAGCAUCCAGUCAGAGGUCACCAGUGCUUGUGCCAGCCUCGGCCAGCCUGGUCCUGCGGACAGGACAGGAGUGGGAACCCGCUGGCUCCCUCACAGCUGGUGCCCUGUCUGCGGUGACAUUUCUGGCAGGCAGUGCCAGAAGUAAGAGGUCCUCCACGCCUUCACGCCUCACGGCUGACUCUUCCUCCUGUGUUCUCCCAGAGCAGGGUCCCUCUCCUCAGGGAAUUUUCCCUUCUCCUCUUCCAAUGGCCUGGUGAGGCAAGUAAAAUAUAUUACACCUAAGAUUUGAGUUUCUGUCGAUCCUGGUUUAAAGCUAAAUGUUUUGGAAAAAUACUCCUUUUGGUGUCCAGUCAAAUGGAAGACAGUGAACCAACACAGUUCUGGAUCCGGAACUUGAUUCACUUCUCUUGCAGUUGAUUCCUGUCUCAACACUUUCCUUUUCAGCCUUAUCUCCAAGCUCCGUGAAAGAAAGAGUAAAUGGAACUUAGCCUAAUUGCAUUAGGUGUCUUCAGACCACUUUUUAAGUCAGUUCAAAUAGUAAGUCGGGAAUUCAUGUCACCACUGAACUUAAGAUCUUCAAAAUAAUCAAGUUUUAUAUUCCAGUUUAAUGUCAAAGAAUAUAUAAAGUUCCUUUAGUGGGCAAACAUUAAACAAAAAUUAAACAUAACAGACACAUAUAAAUGUUUUACAAAUUAGGGACAGGGUCCAAUUCUUGGGCCCUAUAAAUCUAGCACACAACAGGUCUGUUCUGUCGGUGAAGCAUGGCCAAGCUCUACCUCAGAUGGAUUCGUCCUUUUGUAGGUGUUCAGAGGACAGUGGGAGUGGGGCAUUCCAGGCGAGCUCCAGGAAAGCUAUGCACGUCUGCUCAGCAUUCUAUGUAGGCAGAACUGGAAACAGCUAACACCUCUGGUCACCAGCAACAACCCACAGGAAUCCCAAGACCUAGAGUCCAGGGAAGCCACUCUCAGAUCUGUACCUGCAGAGGUGAGGUCACACACAGCAUCACUUCAAGCACACUCUAAAGGUUCCUACUGAGUCUAGAAAGACUUCAUUCUGCUUCUUUUAAAAAAUUUAAUGUUGUAGCACAAGAACAAGGGCAGCCAACUUCCACAGGUAACUUCUACAUUUAUUUUAUACC